AUGCAAACACAGCAAACAAGGACCGCCUUGCAGCCGCCCUCGGCCAACCAGAAACCGCAGCGUCUCACCGCCCGCCCUUGCGGAAACCGUUGGGGAUCCCAACACGCCGCACUGGGAAAGGCAAACGCCCGCCUGGGAACUUGGAAGCCUCCAGAUGCCUGCGAUCCAAGCCAUGGAGCGCCCAACAGCCAACAGGGACUUCCUGUCGGGACUCGGGAACAGGCUCCAACCGACAGUUUGCCCUGGCCGUCCUUUCCUGCGUAUCAGACCACCCUCAGGUCAGAGUCGACCACAGCCAGUCCCCAGGGCCCUUUGCCUCCCUCCCCCCCCCUCCCCGACGGCCAUAAUUAUAGCAUCAUCCGCCGUCCUCACCCUCGCUGA